UCUCUCCCCCUUCAAACCUAUCUUCCGGUUUCCUCUUCUUUCUUUCACGGCAAGGCAAGCAAGCAAGCAGAGCGUAUCUCGCCCCGACUCGAGCUCCGGUUUCGCUCCGGCAUGGGGAAGAAGCAGAGGAAGGAAUCUAGGGCUCCGCACGGCCACGGCGACGGCGAGGAGGCGCGCGGCGGGGAUCGCGCGGAGUCUUCCGCGGCUCAGAUGAGCUUGUACGAGAUUCUUGGUGUGGAAAGGACAGCUACUCAGCAGGAAAUAAAGAAGUCAUACUAUAAGUUGGCCCUGCGACUCCAUCCUGAUAAGAAUCCUGGUGAUGAGGAAGCCAAAGAAAAAUUUCAGCAAUUACAAAAGGUGAUCUCGAUUCUAGGUGACGAGGAGAAACGGGCAUUAUAUGAUCAGACUGGCUGUGUCGAUGAUGCUGACCUUGCAGGGGACGUCGCUCAGAAUCUGCACGAGUAUUUUAGAGCUGUAUACAAGGUGGUUACUGAAGCAGACAUCGAAGAGUUUGAGGCAAACUAUAGAGGUUCUGAUUCUGAAAAGAAUGAUCUGAUUGAUCUAUACGAGAAAUUCAAGGGUAACAUGAACAGGCUUUUCUGUUCGAUGCUCUGCUCAGAUCCUAAGCUUGAUUCCCACCGCUUUAAGGAUAUCAUCGAUGAUGCAAUAGCAGCAGGAACGUUGAAGACAACCAAGGCGUACCAGAAGUGGGCAAAUCAAAUUUCUAAAACUGAACCACCUACAGAUCCUCUUAGAAAGAGGGGGAAAGCGAAGAAGAAGUCAGACGAUCUUUUCGCAAUUAUAUCUCAGCGCCGUAGUGAGCGAAAGGAGAAUUUUGAUUCCAUGUUUUCAUCUCUGGUGAAUAAAUAUGGUGGUGGAACGCAGGGUUCAGAACCCAGUGAAGAAGAAUUUGAGGCUGCAAGAAAGAAACUUGAGAGCCGAAAGUCUUCCAAAAAGUCCAGGCAGAAAUGACAAGAACAUGUGAUGUAGCUUUCUAUUGGAUUAACCAUGUAUAGCUUUUUGUUGCUUUGAGCACUCUCUUAUGCUCCUAAUUUAUGUAGCCAAAAUUGGUGUGUUUGAUUUCCCCUUUGUUUGGAUGAUAUUUUCGGAUGACAGUUGCUCAAUGCACUCUUGUUUUGUUUCUUAUUUUUCUGGCAGUGCAAGAACUAGAUUUGCCGUAA